GUCGCGCCGAGGGUGACGCCUGGCGUAGUUGACGUCGUGCUGAGCCUGUCACCCCUGGGGCUUGUUGCAGAGGAGGAGCGGGCGCCAUGGCUGUUCUGCUGGAGACCACCUUGGGCGAUGUCGUCAUCGACUUGUACACGGAGGAGCGGCCGCGCGCUUGCUUGAAUUUCCUGAAGUUGUGCAAAAUAAAAUAUUACAAUUAUUGCCUUAUUCACAAUGUACAGAGGGAUUUUAUCAUACAGACUGGUGAUCCUACAGGGACUGGCCGUGGAGGAGAGUCAGUUUUUGGUCAACUGUAUGGCGAUCAAGCAAGCUUUUUCGAUGCUGAAAAAGUGCCAAGAAUUAAGCACAAGAAGAAGGGCACUGUGUCCAUGGUGAACAAUGGCAGUGAUCAGCAUGGAUCUCAGUUUCUUAUUACAACAGGAGAUAAUCUAGAUUACCUUGAUGGUGUUCAUACAGUGUUUGGUGAAGUGACAGAGGGCAUGGACAUAAUUAAGAAAAUUAAUGAGACCUUUGUUGAUAAGGACUUUGUACCAUAUCAAGAUAUCAGGAUAAAUCAUACAGUGAUUUUAGAUGAUCCAUUUGAUGACCCUCCUGAUCUAUUAAUUCCUGAUCGAUCACCAGAACCUACAAGGGAACAACUAGAUAGUGGUCGAAUAGGAGCAGAUGAAGAAAUUGAUGAUUUCAAAGGAAGAUCGGCUGAAGAAGUAGAAGAAAUAAAGGCAGAAAAAGAGGCCAAAACUCAAGCUAUUCUACUAGAAAUGGUGGGAGAUCUACCUGAUGCAGAUAUUAAACCUCCAGAAAAUGUGCUCUUUGUGUGUAAAUUGAAUCCAGUGACCACAGAUGAAGAUCUGGAGAUAAUAUUCUCAAGAUUUGGGCCAAUAAGAAGUUGUGAAGUUAUCCGGGAUUGGAAGACUGGAGAAUCCCUGUGUUACGCUUUUAUUGAAUUUGAAAAAGAAGAAGAUUGUGAGAAAGCGUUCUUCAAAAUGGACAAUGUACUUAUAGAUGACAGAAGAAUACAUGUGGACUUUAGCCAGUCUGUUGCAAAGGUUAAAUGGAAAGGAAAAGGUGGGAAGUACACCAAGAGUGAUUUCAAGGAGUAUGAAAAGGAACAGGAUAAACCAUGUAAUUUGGUUCUGAAAGAUAAAGUAAAGCCCAAACAGGAUGCAAAAUAUGAUCUUAUACUAGAUGAGGAGGCAGAAGACUCAAAGUCAGGUUACUCACACACAAGUAAGAAACACAAGAAGAAAACCCGCCACUGCUCCGAAGAAAAAGAAGAUGAGGACUAUAUGCCAGUCAAAAAUACAAAUCAGGAUAUCUACAGGGAAAUGGGCUUUGGUCACUAUGAAGAAGAAGAAAGUUGUUGGGAGAAGCAAAAGAGUGAAAAGAGAGACCGACCUCAAAACCGAAGUCGUAGCCGAUCUCGAGAAAGGGAUGGCCACUAUAGUAAUAGUCACAAAUCCAAAUACCAGACAGAUCCUUAUGAAAGAGAAAGGAGUAAAAAGAGAGAACGAAGCAGGAGUCCCAAGAAAUCCAAAGAUAAAGAAAAAUCUAAGUACAGAUGAAAGUUGAAGAAUCAGACAUGAGUGGCUAACAUAUUUGCUCUUGUAUAACUUCGAGUACCAGACGUUCAGAUUUUGUGUCAAAGCAGUUAAAGACACUGCCUGUUAUUUUUUUUUCACAGUAGGAUUAUAGCCCUUUUAGAUUAAUACUGAUUGUACGGGGCACUGAAAGAAAUAAAGAAUUGAACAUUUUCUUUGUAUACUUUUUUACACUAAUUUUAUUGUUAUACAUAAAUAGUAGUCUUCAUUUUUAAAGUCUUUCAUAUUUUUCAGUCUUUAUUUUUAAUGAAGUAUUUCAUGCCUACAAAAAUACACAAACGUGUAUAUAUAGGUAUAAAGAAUAAUAUCUGCCGUGUACCCAUUGGCCAGCUUAGGAAAUGAAUAUUACUGGCAUUUUAAAAUGCCCUCUCCUUCUCAAAUAAUUAUUAUUCUGUAUUUUGUGUUUGUCAUUCUCUUGUUACUAUAGUUUUACAACGUAUGUAUGUAUCCUUAAAUGAAAUGUUUUGUAUGCUUUUGAAUUUUAUAUCAAUGGUAUAAAGUACGUUUACUUCUGUGA